AUGCAGGAGUUCGACGAUCGAAAUGUCGAGGUGCUGGGCAUGUCCAUCGACACGGAGCAUGUGCACAAGGCGUGGAAGAACACGCCGCAGGACAAGGGUGGAAUCGGACCCAUCGCUCACCCGCUGCUGGCGGAUGUUAAGAAGGAGGUGAGCACUGCCUACGGCUGCCUCUUGGAAAACGGCCUGGCGCUGCGGGCCGUUUACAUCAUCGACAAGGAGGGCAUCGUGCGAUCUGAGAUGAAGAACGACCUUCCACUCGGACGCAAUGUGGAGGAAGUUUUGCGGAUCCUCGACGCGCUGCAGUUCCACGAGAAGAGCGUCAAGGACGGAGAUGAGCGAGUCUGCCCGGCCGGGUGGAAGAAGGGCGCCAAGGCAAUGAAGCCCACGACGGAGGGUGUGGCAGAGUACUUCUCGAGCAAGUGA